AUGACUGUAUUGUUGGCUAAAUUUGCAAAGCAACUGUUCAACCAUGACAAGCAAACUUCGGGAAAGUCUGUUGAUAGUGGCCGCUUUCAAAGUGGAUGGAAUAUGACCUUCGUAAAUGACGCAGAAUCAAAGGCUAUCAGUCAAAUCGAAGAGAAACUUAGACAUGCGAGAGACACGGCUUCCGAGGAUUUAGACAUUAUAGAAAUAGACCUACCACCCAUUAAAACUGAAGAACGCGAAGAAGUUCUCGAAGCCAUACACACCGUUUUUCAAGCCGAAAGAAUUGAUAAUAAGCUGUAUAUCAAACGCGACAGUUAUGGGAAAGGAAAAGUACAUACAAAGUUGUUGAUUUCAAUCACGACACAACUUCCAAGCUGGGGGGUCUGCAGUAAAGCGAUAGCUGUAGUUAAUGGGAACGAAUUUCGACCUGACGUAGGGGGAUGGAGUCAAGAACCAACGUUUGCGGAAAGGUUCCAGCCUAUAGUCAAUCGAACCCCACCUCCAUCAUUAUGGAUCGAGGUAGCGUUCGAUCGGAGUAACGAUUGUGAUAAUGCCUUAAGCAAGAUCGCAUAUGUUCAGCGAUAUUGUCCAAACACAGACAACGGCAUCCGUAAUCCUUCUUUAGGAGUGCCAUAUCUUGGUCAUUGGGGUAUAGGUGUGACUUUCAAUGCAGCGUUAUGGUACAAAAUGCAAUGGAACGAACCCAUGGUUCUUGAGUGUGGAGCAGAGUUUGUGUUGAUCGUAAUUCCUUAUCGAUCGCCCAUUCCGGCAAAUCCAAACCCUGGUACUACUUCUGUUGUAGCAACGGCAUCCGCAAGUCGUUCUUUAGGAGUGCCAUAUCUUGGUCAUUGGGGUAUAGGUGUAGCUUUCAAUGCAGUGCUAUGGUACGAAAUGCAAUGGAACGAACAUAUAGUUCUUGAGUGUGGGAGCAAACAUAUGUUUUAA